GCGGCCCGGGCGUCCUCGCAUCCCAGCAGCCCCGCGCCGGGCCCUGCGCGCUGCCGUGUGUGAAUCCCUUCCCCCGGCUCCUCUGACCAGCCUCUUUCUGAACGAUCCAAGUCAGAGCUAAGAAAGAUUCAGAAACCAAGUCAUGGAUACACCUGCACGUAAAGAAAAGUCCAAAGUUAAAGAACCUGUCAGCAGAGUUGAGAAGGCCAAGCAGAAGUCAGCCCAGCAGGAGCUGAAGCAAAGACAAAGAGCAGAGAUCUACGCCCUCAACAGAGUGAUGACAGAGCUGGAGCAACAGCAGUUUGACGAGUUCUGCAAACAAAUGCAGCCUCCUGGAGAGUGAGCCACCGCAUUCACAGGACACCGGGCCCGGAGGCUCUGUUUGUGAGCUUGUUACCAUUUUAAGCUGAGAUGGCCCACUUGGAGCCUCACAGAACUAGAUGAGGAGACACUUGUGUUGUCCUGAAACUGGAUGAAUCUGAACUUCCUGCGUGUAACUUCUCAAUAUGAAUUGUCUCAGCGCUUGCUGAAGAGACUUACUUUAUUCUUCUAAGACAAUAGAUUCUUUUUAAACAAAAAAAUGUUUUUCUAUUAUUUGAGAAAAAUCAGUGCUUCUUGUGAAACUGUAAAUCUCCAAAAAUACAAAUAAAAUACCCAUGAAAUGUU